CCUAUGAGCUUGGUCUAGGCCCAUGUACCGAAACCCGAACCGGAUUCUAGACACAUAACCCAUAAGUUCAGACCUAGAAAUGAAAAAUCUAAAACCCUUCACAAACUUUGUUACCAGAAGAUCCAACAGUCUUAAAAUCUCCUCCUCCACCAACACCAUUACUAACCAAAACCCUGCGCUCUCUCCCGCCACCGCACCACCACCAUCCCUGAUACUGCACCGCCACCUGAGGAGGAGUACUCGGAAAGCAUUAGAGGAUGUCAAGACCGGAGUUUCAAGCUCCUCCAGAGAUUUUCUACAAUGAAUCAGAAGCUAGGAAAUAUACGUCUUCUUCUCGUAUCACUGAAAUUCAGGCAAAACUUUCUGAGAGAGCAUUAGAGCUUCUUGCUUUGCCUGAUGAUGAUGUUCCGCGGCUGCUGCUUGAUAUUGGUUGUGGUUCUGGACUAAGUGGAGAAACAUUAUCUGAGAAUGGACACCAAUGGAUUGGUUUAGACAUAUCUGAUUCGAUGCUUAAUGUUGCGUUGGAGCGGGAAGUAGAAGGUGAUUUAUUGCUAAGUGAUAUGGGUCAGGGAUUAGGUUUCAGAGAUGGAGUUAUUGAUGGUGCGAUUAGCAUCUCAGCGGUGCAGUGGCUCUGCAAUGCUGACAGAUCCUCUCAUAACCCAAGACUGAGAUUGAAGGCAUUUUUUGGAUCACUAUAUCGAUGUUUGGCUAGGGGAGCUAGAGCUGUUUUUCAAGUUUACCCUGAAAGCAAUGACCAGCGUGAAUUGAUCCUAGGAUUUGCUAUGCGUGCUGGCUUUGCAGGUGGUGUGGUUGUUGAUUUUCCCCACAGUUCUAAGAGUAGGAAGGAGUACCUCGUACUGACUUGUGGUGCACCAUCCCUUAGCACCGCUGUUCCAAGUGGCAAAGAAGGAGAUGAAGAAGAGAGCUGCUCCGAGGAUGAGUUUAGUGGUGACGAAGAAACUAAGACGGUUUCCAUGGCCGACAGGCAACGACCAAGGAAAAGACAGAAAAUAAACAAGAAAGGGAAGAGUAGAGAAUGGGUACUUAAGAAGAAAGAGCAAAUGAGGAAAAAAGGAAACGUUGUGCCUCCAGACUCAAAAUACACAGCUCGCAAAAGGAAAUCUCGCUUUUGAUUUUGUUGUUGUUGUGGUGUGAAUACUGUCUGUAUUUCAUCACCGGCUGCUCAGGAAAACCUGUUUUUUGCUCUUAUUUAUGCAAAGAUGAAAGAAACUGAAAUUAUCUCCUCCUGGAAAUUUUGUUUGCUUAGUUUUGAUAUGUCUGAAUACUUGUAAUCUGUAUUAAUGUAUAAUCGCAGGAGCAAACUGGCAUUAAUUUACACACUCGUUCUUUUUUCCA